AUGUCAUUAUCCAGAGAACGUUUGAAGCAACUGGAAGAGAUUGAGCAAGACGUAGUUCGGGUUAUCGAGGCAGCUUCACAAUCGUUAUUGGAAAUCUCAAAGGCGCAACCAUCUGAAGAGUACAUUAUUAAAACGACCACUGAAUUUUUAAAAGGAUUGGAAGGAGUGGAAAAAAACCUUUCGGAACAGAUUUCGUAUUUAAGUCAAGUGUCCACCAAUCAACAGCACGAAGGAAGCAUAUAUUUAGAAGAGAAAAGAUUUCAUUUAGUGUGUGAAAGCACGGAUAUUAUUUUAAAGCGAUUGAAAAAUUUAGAGAAAAACUACUCACCAAAAAGAGAUUCCAAGUAA